CCUCGGCGCUGAACAGACUGCAUAACCUAUUACAGAUUCAUCGAUCCUUCUACCCAUGCUUUAUUUUCACCAUGGAGAAACCUGUGGGUUCUUUACAAGAGCAAGCUUUGAAAAGGAAAGAAAGAUUAAAAGCUCUGCGAGACCGCCAACUUCAAGGACAUGCACCUGAGGAUGGAGAGCCUGAGAGAAAAAGACCUCUGGAGGAUUCUGAGACAGAGGACAGACACCGAGAGCUGAAGCUGAGGAAUUACACGCCGGAGGACAAGGAGCUGAAGGAGAGACAGGUGCCCAAAGCAAAACCUGCAUCAGUGGAGGACAAGGUCAAGGACCAGCUGCAAGCUGCAGACCCAGAGCCUGUGAUUGAGGAAGUGGAUCUGGCAAAUCUUGCCCCCAGAAAACCAGACUGGGAUCUAAAGAGGGACGUUGCCAAGAAGCUUGAGAAAUUAGAGAGGCGAACACAGAAAGCUAUUGCUGAACUUAUACGUGACCGGCUCAAGGGAAGUGAGGAAGAGCUGGCUGGAGCGGUUGGAGCAGCUGGCGUGGAAGAGGGAGACUCGGACUGAAUCUGUGUUGAGAAUGAGUCUCGCACAACAGACUUUCUAUAAGUUUCCAGCCCAUUUCCCAUUGCAUAGCAGUGUGUGUUUAAAACGGAUUUCUUAUGCUGAGCUCUGCAUGAGUGAGUGUUUGUGUGAGAGAGAAAGAGAUGCGCAAAGAUUGAGUACACAAAGAAAACUUUCUCUUUUUUUAUUAUAAUUAUUUUGUUUAUAAGUAAACAGUUCUUUCUUUUCUAAA